UGAUGUCGACUUGUGUUCAGCUGGCUGGGACAAGCCUCGCCCGCGAUGACACAUUUCUACACAUACACACACACACUCACAUAAUCGCGGCCUCUCCCUACUUGUUCCCGUGUAUCUCCUGAUUUAUCGGCUAAAACAGGCAAACGAAACGCCGUUAAGACCGAAACUAAAUUCAGUCUCUCUUGUAACUGCGCUUUGUUUCUAACGGCCGCCAGGCUUCGGUAACAGUUACAAGUCGGAAAUGUGGUUCAGUUAAUGACGACUUCUGUUCGGCUAUGGAGGGGAGCUCCUGUUAGGAAGACUGAGAAUUUAAACCAGUUUAAAGUUACUCCGUCGGUGGACACGGAGCACAGGAGGCUUGUUAAGUGAUUGGCGUCAUCUUGAUCCGUGUUUUCAUCAGUUAACUCACAGAGGUCUCCCAGCAGCAGCCAUGGCAGGAGGACGGAUUGCUCUCGGACUACUCGCCCUGGCGUGUUUGCAUUUCCACCGCUGCGGUUCCUUCAACCUGGAUGUGGACAAACCCUCUGUGUAUACCGGACCAGAGGGAAGCUACUUCGGCUUCUCGGUGGACUUCUUCAAGCCCUCAAGCAACCAAAAGUCAGACAUUCUGAUUGGAGCUCCUCGGGCCAACACUUCAUCCCCCAGCAGUGUUGUGGAGAGAGGAGCUGUGUACAGCUGCCCUUGGAAGAGCUCCUCAGCCUGCCAGCAGCUGCAGUUUGAUAACUCAGAUGACAGGAAGAAUACAGGGGGGGCUCAGAUGGAGUUUAAAUCCAAGCAGUGGUUUGGUGCCUCGGUACGAUCUGAUGGAGAACACAUUCUGGCCUGUGCUCCUCUGUACCAGUGGUCCACCUUUGGUGUCUCUGAGCGAGAGCCGGUGGGAACAUGUUACCUGAAGAAAGAAGACAAAGUGGUGGAGUACUCACCCUGCAGAUCAAAUGCCAAUUCGCCAGAAGGGCAGGGCUUCUGCCAGGCUGGCUUCAGUGUCGACUUCCUUAAGAAGAACAACAGAGUGGUGGUGGGUGGACCUGGCAGCUUCUACUGGCAGGGCCAGCUGAUUUCCGAUGAUGUCUCUGAGAUUUUUACCAGAUUCAACGAAAAUUACAUCACCCCUUAUGGAAACACCCUGGCCACCAAGUCAGCCGGCGCCCAGUACGAUGACAGUUACCUAGGAUACUCUGUGACAAUUGGAGACUUCAACGAUGAUGGGAAGGAAGAUUACGUGACUGGAGUACCCAGGGGAGACAAGGCACUGGGCUACGUGAACAUCUUCAAUGGCCUCAACAUGGAGUCUAUGGUCAACUUCACAGGAACUCAGAUGGCUGCCUACUUUGGACACUCGGUAGCUGCUACUGAUGUUAAUAAGGAUGGUUUGGUUGAUCUGUUGGUUGGAGCUCCUCUCUUCAUGGACAGAGGGUCAGAUGGCAAACUGAGGGAGGUGGGACAGGUGUCUGUGUACCUUGGUCGAGGUGGAUUUUCCUUCCAUCCACCCCAGAUGCUCACAGGGUCGGAGGUCUACGCCAGAUACGGCUCUGCCAUUGCGGUGCUGGGAGACCUGGAUAUGGAUGGCUACAACGAUGUGGCCAUCUCUGCUCCUUAUGGAGGCCCCAAUCACAACGGUUUGGUCUACAUUCAUAACGGCCACCCUCAAGGGCCUGACCCGUCACCUUCCCAGGUCUUGCAGGGGAAGUGGGCGUCCAGCUACAUGCCUGCUAGCUUUGGAUACUCCAUGACUGGAAAUACUGACAUAGACCAGAAUGGAUAUCCAGAUUUAAUAGUGGGAGUGUUCGGAGCAGACAAAGCGGUUUUAUACAGAGCCCGUCCAGUGAUCAGUGUGAAUGCCACGUUAGACAUAACACCUCAGAUCAUCAACCCAGAGGAAAAGACCUGCACACUUCCUGGUACCAGCACACCUGUAUCGUGUUUUAAGGUGAAGUACUGUCUGAAGGCUAGUGGCCAGGGAGCUCCAGCCUCUCUCAAUUUUCGUGUAGACCUCAUAUUGGACCGUCUAAAGCAAAAGGAGGCAACUAAACGCGUACUUUUCCUGUUCAGUCGCACCUUUCAGUACUCCAAGAACAUGACAGUGUCGAACGGCAAAGUCCCAGCCUGUGAGGAGCAGCACGUCUUCCUGAGAGAUGAUCGUGAGUUUCGGGAUAAGAUCACUCCUAUCUCUGUGGUGAUGGAGUAUAGUCUGGACUACCAGCGAGCUGCAGACCAAACCGGGCUCCUGCCCAUCCUGGACAUGUCAGCCCCGUCCAAUGUCACCAAGCAGGCUCACAUCCUGUUGGACUGUGGAGAUGACAACAUCUGUAAGCCCGACCUGAGGUUGUCUGUGAAGAGUGACCGCGAGCAGAUCUACAUUGGUGAUGAUAACGCUCUGACACUGGAGAUCAGUGCUGAAAACCAGGGAGAAGGAGCCUAUGAGGCCGAACUCCACGUCUACCCUCCACAACAGGCUGACUUCACCGGGGUAGUCCGCAGUCAGACCCUCACCAGGCUGUCCUGUGCUUACAAGAAAGAGAACCACACCAAGAUGGUGGUGUGUGACCUGGGAAACCCCAUGAAGGGAGGAACCAAGGUGCUGGCCGAGUUGCGCUUCAGUGUGCACCAGCUGUCGGAGGAGGACACUUCUGUGAAGUUUGACCUGCAGAUGGUCAGCUCUAACCAGUUCAACAACACCAGUCCUCGAGUCUCAAGCAUCACCAAGCUGGCUGUCCUCGCUAAGGUCUCCAUCAGAGGGACGUCAUCUCCUGGUCAGGUGCUGCUGCCCAUUGCCAACUGGAAACCUAAAGAACCUCCUGUGGUGGGAGACGACAUCGGACCACAAAUAGUGCAUGUCUAUGAGCUCCUAAACAGUGGGCCCAGUACCUUCAGUAAGGCAGCCCUGGAGGUGGAAUGGCCAUACCAGUUCAAGAAUGGCUCUCUGCUCUACAUCACCAGCUACGAGACUGAGGGACCCAUCAACUGCACCACCGACAUGGAGAUCAACCCGCUCAACGUCUCGAAUCCACUGUCCUCAGCAAAGAACACCAGCAGUGUGCCACCCAGAGAGAGAGAGACUGAGGGAAGAAACCGAAACCAUGUCCGCAAGAGAGACCUGGAGUCAAGAGAGACACAGAACGACCUGCAAACUCUGGACUGCACCACGGCAGAGUGUCUGCGGCUGAAAUGUCAGGUUGGUCGUCUGGAGAGAAGGAAGAAUGCCAUCCUCUUCAUCUACUCCAGAUUGGCUGUUAACAACUUCCUCAGGGCUGAGAAUCAGAAUCGUUCAUAUGUCGUUCGAUCUACGGCCUCCUUCAGCGUCAUAGAGAUGCCGUACAAGAACCUGAAGUCGGAGCUGCCAUCCAAUAGCACUACUGUGAGUGUAUCAGUGAUGUGGGUGGUAGAGAUUCCCCAGCCAGUACCAGGCUGGGUGGUGGCUCUGGCUGUACUGGCAGGACUGCUGCUGCUGGCACUGCUCAUCUUCAUCAUGUAUAAGUUGGGUUUCUUUAAACGGGUCCGCCCCCCACAAGAAGACUGCACUGAGAAGGAGCAGCUUCAGCCAGAGGAGAACGGCAACACUGAUGCCUAGAGGUCAAACUCUGAGGAACUGAUCUGGUCUGUUGUAGAGAAUAGAAAGGAAAAUUCAGGGUAAAAUGGCCGUUGAGGAUGGAUUUGAGAGAAUUUCACUGUAUUCACUGUUGAAUGGCAGAUAAUGGUACUGGUAAAAUUUUUAAUAAUGAUUUUGUUUUUACCUGCCAAGUUGUGUUUGUGCCAAAAGAGAAGCUCACUGGUCAGAACAAAUCAUCAUAGCUCAAGUAUUCUUUUUAAUGCUUACUCAAGUCUUAAGUUUAGGCAAUAGUUCCACAUUUUGGGAAAUGCAUUUUUUGCUUUCUUGCUAAGAGUUAGAUGAGAGGAUUGAUACCACUUGCAUUACUAUGUGUUAAAUAUUAAUCUACAGCCAGCAGCCUGUUAGCUUAGAUUAGCAUAAAGACUGGAAAUAGCUAACCUGGCUCUACCCAAAAGUAACAGAUUCCACCUACCGGAACUUUUAAAGCUCAUGCAUUAGCAUGUAAUUUCAUAUUUAGCAUUCAUACAUGAGAGUGGUAUCAAUCUUGUCAUCUAAUUCUCAGCAAGAAUAGGUCCCAAAAUGUCAAACUGUUCCUCUACCACAGUGACCGUCAAUACUUCAUGGGUCAAAACAUUGAAAAUCUUUUUGUUAAUAGUGUAUGACAUAAGAGGCUUUUGUCUGCAUGAGUGCUGGUAGAGCUUGGCCUGAUAUUAAAUUUGCACUUUUUUUUGUUUAAACUUAAAAUGAUUAAUGAGCUGUGGGUGCUUGUUGCCUUGUACGUCCAGAACUGCUGAUACAUUCAAGUCAUUUUUCAACUUCUGUCAUUACUAGUCUGCCCUGAAUCAGCAACACUGUCUUCUAAAAGAAUUUAUAAAGAACAGUGAAUUGUGAAACUCCUUAAGUGGGCCCCCUUGGGUUUAGAAAGGACAUUGAUCUGGACUCACACAGUAUUAACAAAACAAGAAAAAGCAGAACAUGGAUGAAAUGAUUUUGCAAAUGAAAGUUUAAAUAAUAAAAAAUAUACCAUGAAAACAAAAAACAAACUACCAUCCUGGCUAAGUUGAGUGGCAAGGUGGAUAAAAUAGUCAUAAAUACAAAUGAGAUAAUGAACCAGAGAAUUGUGGGUACAUGAUGGCCUUCAAGUCUUCAUCCUGGUGAAAGGAUGGCCAUGUUGGAGUGAUGAGAUGAAUUGUGUUGUCGAUUUCCAUAUUUGAUCAUAUGUGAUCAUCUACGAGACAGACAGCAAUGAUGCAGCAAUAUGAAAUUUGAACAUUGAACAGUCAGUAAUAAGUGGAAUGGGAAAUGGCUGAUCAGCUGCAUUCGGGUCUCUAUUUUUUGAUAAAGAUGGUUUAGUUUGCUAUGGUAUAAGAAGUGUUACAGUAAUAUAUUUACCCUUAUAUAUUUUCCCUUCCUGCUGUGUGUGGGGGUGGAAGGUUUGAACUUCUCAGAUGAUUUAGUUUAAUAGAAAAUCAUCACUUAAGAGUCAUUACUGCGCUACUUUGGGAUGCUGGUUUCUUUUUUUAGUGUUUUCUUUAAGUGUGUGCCCAGCUCAUUUCAACACAAUCAAGGUAGGGUUUUGCAGUGUUUGGUUUUUAUUCAGAUAAUGUUUGGUUUGAAAAUCAAUGCAAGUGAUGAGAUUAUAAUUUACCUUGCAGAAUCAACCGUUCGCGAAACCCCUCCCCCAAACAGUGAUUGUCCAAUCAUAGCUUAGUUAGUAACCAUAACUAGGCACAGCUGGCCUGUAGUAAGAGAAGAAAGAGUUUAGUUUUUUCCCCUUUAUUAGCCUUCCAAAAUUACAAAUACAAGAGUAUAAUAAGGAAUGGAUUAAACAGUGUGUUGGUCUGUUCUCAGGAUAAGUUGCAAUCUUUAGCAUGUUCAGCUAAAUAGCAGAAACUGAAUCUUAUUUCCACAGCCAAGACCAUUUCAUUAGCAAACUACAUUAGUUUGUGGGGUUACAGGUUAAAAAAGCCAUUCACAGCUAACACAUCUACUGUAUAGUAUUUGCUCACUGUGUGGAAGCCGGUUCUGGAUGCUAUCAGAGUUUAGGCUAAUGUUAGCAGCUCUGUCCUACACUUAAUCGAAUUUGGGGAAGUUUACACUCAAGCAGCCCCAGCCAAUGUUACCUGAGAUGCAGUUACAUUUUUAAAGCACAUCAGUUAGUCCUCAUCCUAAAAGCUUUUUCUCCUUUAAUGUUAACAGCAUACUGUGUAGGAUUUUCCUAAAAAAACAAUGUAUGGACUCAUACAGAAGUAAUCCCUCUCAAUCGUCACUUAUGACCCAGUAGAAGUGUGGUGGUGCAUUAAUCUGCAGGGACUCUGCCUAUAUUUUCUUGUUAUUUUGCUGUGUUCGGGACAUUUUUGGGCAUCAAUCUUUGGGCAGUGGGUGUCUGGCCCUCAGCCAAUAACAGCUCACAGGGUGAGGUCGGGACGUGGACCGGGUUACAUCACUGUGUUUUUGUAUGUGCUUCAUUGUUUCCCCUAAAUGCUUUCAACAGCGGUGCAGCAGCACUGCUACAUCAUGAACACCACUGCAGAAAUUUCACAUUGUAGCCUACAUAAUAAUCACAAUGAAUGCAAACCACAUGCACUUUGUCCACUUUGACGGGGGCUAAUGGAGUGAAGAUUGGGAUGUUUUGCUUCUCUGUCUCUCUACUCUGCUCUCUGUCUGUGUCUGUUUGACCAGGGGUGGGGCUGAGCUACACACACAAACACACACACACACGCAAAGCAGAGAGGGUGCAGAGAGAGAGUGCUCUGCUAGUGUCGUUGAGACGGGGAGGAGGGUCGAACUUUUAAUGUUGUGUUUACAAAUGGCAACCAACAAAUCCUACACAGUAUACCUUUAAAGAUGCAAAGCGUAGCAGCCAAACAGGGUUAAGUUUGAACAAAAUACCAGUCUGAUCUGAGGAUGCUGAUUUUUAGUCUGGGACCUGUUAAUUUUAGCCUCAAUCUGUUAGCUGGAUAUCAUGCAUGAAGCCAUCAAAUGCUCCCCUUUUACAAGAUUUAAAAGGAUACCACUAUCAGUUUAAAGCAAGUUAACCAGAUAGGUUUUUUUUCCCCCAACCAAUUUAUACAACAAACAUCAUUUUAAUCAUUUUGAUGAUUAAAAACCGCUACCGACAGUUGUCCUUUCAGCAAAAUCAAUUCCUGGCUGGAAAUGAUAAACUGCUUUUGUGUACAUCUGUCUGAAAUCAAAUCAAUUAAUCAACCCAUUGAUUAAAAAUGAGUAAGAAUGUUGAUGCUAAAUCUUCCACCUCUGUAAACAGCAUACAGUCUGUGUCUUGUUGGAAAGGAAAGCUUCACAGGCUUAGUAACUGAGGGGGAGCAGCACUAAGCAAAAAGUCAAACAUGACCUUCCACUUGCCAUGAUUUUUUAAAUAGUAUUUUUCCUCAGACUUCAGUUGUGACUGGCAGCUUUGCUGAAAAUAAAAUUGCAAAGUAGAGCAAGUUGCUGUUUUAUUUUUGAGUCAGUGAGUUAGUAAGUCUGUGCGUGUGUGAGAAUAUUUUUACAAAAGAAAAAAAAAACUUUGCUUUGAAUUUACCCAUAUUGGGCUUGCAUUGGAAAUAUAUUAAUCCAAUUAACAAUCACUAUGAAAUAACUCCACAGGAACACUUUGGUUAGCACAUUAUACUGUACAUUGUUCUCUUUCACUGGUUUCUUAUCCACUGCUUUCAUGUUUGCCAUCUCUCCAAAUAUCCUCUGCUGCCACUAGAUGUCACUACUACCAUCAUUAUUUUGAUAGCAAGCUCUUGAUUUCAGCAGCAGAAGUUGGGAAUGCACUAGUGCUACUGGUGGUACAUUGGUAUCACAUACAAUAAUUACAGCAGAUAUGAACCCAGUGUUCACAUGCACAAGGUCAGAAAACUAAGUUCAUUUUCUAUCUUUUUUUUACACUUAGUUGUUGUGUCUCUAAUGGAGGAAAAUUAACUUAAGUUUUCUUUUUUGGACCCCCAAACAAUAGGAUGUUCACACUUGAAGUCAUUUGGCUGAAAGGUUAUUAACAGUAUCAGAUGUAUCACAUAUACAGCUCUUUCUGUUGCUUCCAAUGUGAACAUGUUAAAUAAAUAGUUUGACAUUUUGGGAAAUAUGGUAAUUCACUUUCUUGCUGAGAGUUAGAUGAGAACAUUUAUACCACUCUCACGUAGCUUAGCAUACAGACUAGAAACAGGGAAAACAGAUAACCUAGCUCUGUUCAAAUGUAAGAAAAUCCAACUCCAGCACCUGCAACUCACUAAUUCUCACAUUACAGUAUAUCUUAUUGUUUAAUCCAUACAUGAACUGAAAAGCACAUGGGUUUAUGGGGAGAUUUGUGCUGAAUUACUUGUUCAGGCACUGUGAUUUCCUGGAGUUUUGUCAUCAUUGUGAGGUUACCAGGCAGUCAGUUAGGCAUCCGAUUCCCAGUAUUUAUACUAAGCCAAGUUAACCAACUGCUAGCUGUAGCUUCAUAUUUACCAUACAGGCAUGAUAGUGGUAUCAGUUCUUUCAUCUAACACACCAAAGAAGGAAGAUAGGGGUAUUUCCUAAAAUGUCAAACUGUUCCUUUAGGUCUGCUCCAUUUAGUGAAGGUGACAAAUGUGAGAUUGUGUCAGUAUGAGCACUGAUGGUAGUCAGUAGUACCUGUUGUCUCAAAUCUGAUGAGGUAGAUAUAGUCAUGACAGAGUGGCUUACUGCACUGUUAAAAUAUUUUAUAAAGAUUUUUCCAAGGACAUUGGUGUUUAAACUAGACUAGUAUCAUGGUUUCUCUUGCUGCCAGGGUUCAGCAAGGCUGAUGGCAGCUCACUCUCACCUCAGUUAGUUCAAUUGUUCACAAAAAUUGCAUUUCAUUUGAGUAUUUGUGGUCACUUCUUAAUUGCUUGGAUAUGACUGUAUUCUCAGGAUGACAGUUAUACAUUUACAUUUACAGGACCACAUUUGAACUAUUUCUCCUGAGUGAUUAUACAAAAGAUCUAGAAAUGUCUGUAGCUUAUUUUGACCUGAUUGAAUAGAGUGAUUUGGAGCCAGCCCUGCUACUGUCAGUUUGUUGUGUUUGGGAGGGUUUAACUUUGUUUUAUAUUUAAUACCACUGUCUGUCUUUCUGUCUGACUUCAUUUGAUGUAUGUAUUCUUUCACCUAGAAAAUAAAAAAUAACUUUUUCAUCAGGAGAUGAUUUCACCUUUGAACUGAAAUAAAUUGAUUUGUUCACA